AUGACUCUGGAAUCAUUUAGAAACAGCACUCUUAGGCCUUCUACCUUUCUCUUAAGUGGCCUUCCUGGACUGGAGCAUAUCCACAUUUGGAUCUCUAUCCCUAUAUUUUCUAUGUACCUUGUGUCUAUCUUGGGAAAUUGCAUGAUCCUUUUCAUUAUCAAGACAGAAUCUUCACUCCAUGAGCCCAUGUAUUUUUUCUUGUCUAUGCUGGCAAUGACAGAUUUGGGCCUAUCCAUAUGCACUCUUCCCACAGUACUGGGUAUUUUCUUAUUUGGCACUCGUGAGAUUGCUCAUGAUGCUUGCUUUGCUCAGCUCUUUUUUAUCCACUGCCUGUCUUUCCUAGAGUCCUCAGUUCUACUUUCCAUGGCAUUCGAUCGCCUUAUUGCCAUCUGCCGUCCUCUGAGAUAUGCCUCCAUUCUUACCAACAGGGUUGUCAGCAGAAUUGGACUGGGCUCCUUGGGUCGAAGUGUGGCACUCAUCUUUCCACUUCCUUUCAUGCUCAAACGCUUCCCCUAUUGUGAGUCCCAAGUUCUUACCCACUCCUACUGCCUCCAUCAGGAAGUCAUGAAGCUUGCUUGUGCUGACAUUACUGCCAAUAGCAUUUAUGGCAUGUUUGUUAUCAUUUCCACUGUGGGUGUGGACUCCAUGCUCAUCCUUCUCUCCUAUGUGUUGAUUCUCCACACUGUGUUGGCCAUUGCCUCCCAGGCUGAGCGUCUCAAGGCCCUAAACACAUGUGUCUCUCACAUCUGUGCAGUACUCCUCUUCUAUAUACCUAUGAUAGGUCUAUCAGUUAUUCACCGAUUUGGGAAACAAGCUCCUCACUUGAUUCAGGUAGUUAUGGGGUUUGUUUACCUGUUGGUUCCACCCUUGAUGAACCCCAUUGUCUACAGUGUUAAGACAAAGCAGAUCAGGGAUCGCAUUAUCCAAGCUUUUCAUUGCUAG